CGCCCUUCCCACUUGUGCUAGCAAGUAAAGCGCCUUGCUCCAUGGAGAUCCCCCCGUCCCACUACCCAGCUACGAGAGCAGCCGCCGUAGCUGUGAACUACAUCAACUACCAGCAUGGCAGCCCCAGUAAGAUCUUUAUGGUGCAGCAGGUGACCAAAGCCAGCAGGGAGGACAUUGCUGAUGUUGGGCAUAAAUACCAUCUUAAAUUUUCACUGGAAGAUCUCCUCCACAAGGACAAUGCCAUUAACUGCACUGCUGAAAUUCUUUAUCUUCUGAGCAACCAACGUACUGCGCCACAAGUGCAUUUUACAGUGGAAGGAGAAUUUGGGAAGAACACAGAUGAAGCAGAUAAGAAAUUUUACAACAGACUCAAGAGCCUUCAAGAACCGUUGGUUGCACAAAAUAUUCCAGACAAUUAUGGCAACAUGUCCCCAGAAAUGGAGCCCAUCAGCCAUCUAGCCCGGGUGGCCUGUGGUUAUAUAAUAUGGCAGAACUCCACUGAAAAUACAUUGUACAAUUUGGUUCAAAUCAGAGAUGUCAGGCAGGUGAAAAGAAACGAUGAUUACUUGGAAUUUGACUACACGGUCCUACUUCAUGAUAUUGUUUCACAGGAAAUUAUUCCUUGGCAAAUGCAAGUUCUUUGGCAUCCACAGCAUGGAGUUAAAGUAAUAAAGAACAGCUGUCAGCCAAAACAUGCAGAGCAGGACUAGAAGCAUAUCCAGUACGGCAAUAAUAGAAUCUCAGAAGCUAUGGUGAUGGAGAAGUCAUAUAGACAGACUAAGUGAUGAACAAUAUCCUCACUCACUCUGUGAAACCCUCUAUUCCUUCCAUGUGUAUUUUACUUCAUGCCCAAACAAAUCAAAAUAAAUGUUAUGUAUUUCUUUUCUGUAGUGUAAAUGGUGUGAUGAAGAUAUAAUAAAAUGUCUCAGUGCUUGGCUAA